CUCCGUCAUCUGAAGGGUCGUCAUAAAAAAAGACUCCCAGCACCGGAGAAGAAGUGGAGGAGGGUGUAAGUAGCCCCUCAUCGAAAAGUAUGGAGCUGGCUGUGGAUGCACCCGUGGUUGCAGGUUGGGAGAAUAAAACGAUAGGUGGCAGGCUGAGCAACCUUCGCAAGGCGCCACAUACAUUGGCCGCCGAAUUUAGGUUUAGGGCAAACCUGCAUCAUGAGGUCAUAGAUUGCGCCACCUCCAUUAAAGGGUACAAAAAACUGGAGGAAGUAGUGAGGCAGUACCACGUUCCUAGGAUAGUCUUGUACGAGCUGGUGCUGACGCAGUUGACCCCCAACAGCAUAAAAUUUAUCAUAGGAUUUAUGCUGUUGGAGAUACCUGCAAAGGCCACCAUGUUCAGAUCGCUCUUCCUAUGCCUGUUGAGUACCACACAGACGAGGUGGUACUAUAUCUCUAGGAGAGAAAAAAUGGCGAUCUUAACGAACAUGAGGAAUAAUGUGUCUCGGUGGAAAAGACAGUUUAAUUUUGUCCGGGAUACGCGAACAGAAAGGGACAACAACGGUCUAGCAGCUCGCCUCUCUGAGUGGCGCUUAGGGUAUACGUAUAUGAACUAUCCCACGCUAACCCUAGACGACCUGGAGCUCAAGGAUCGAAUAACAAACUAUGUGAAGGAGGUGGGGUUAGUUGAUUUGGAGGCCCUGGUUACCCCUGAGGUGCUCGCUUUGCGUGGGUUUGUGGAUGUCGCAAACCUGUUUAGUGAAGAGCGGUGCGCUCACUUGACGUGCUCGCAACCUAGGCGCGCAGCACUGCUGAGGCGUUACCCACACCAGCAGUUGUUGUGGGUCCUAGAAUCGCAUACCCUAAAGGCUUUAGCUAUAUUCAAGCCGACUGUCAGCUCGCAAUGGUCUAGGGCGUUAAGCUACUCAAUAGCUUUGUUUGAGAGUGAGCAGGCCGCUCGUGGACAAAACCACGAGCUGGCUGACAGUUGCAAGCGGUUAGCCUUUGACAAAGUGAGCUUGGACGAUGAGGUGAACCGUCUGCAAAGCUCGGAGAUGGCCAACAAAGCUGCAUCUGCCGAAAGCCGGGCUAACGAGUUGGCCAACAAAGUUAACCAGCUACAGGAGGAGCUGGAUAGGGUUAAGGCCGAAAAAGAGAGUGGGAUCCAGGCAGCCAUGGAUGAGGUCGUUCGUGCGGUAGAUCGCACAAAGAAGGCUGAAGCUGAAAGAGACAACGCUUUAAACGACCUUAACACCCUGAGACGGCAAGUAGCUGUGGCCGAUCAGGACCUUGCUCGCAUAGAGGAGGGGCUGAGGAAGGCCAAAACUCAACACCAGCGUUGUAUAAGUAUUGUACAAGCUCAAGGCACGGAGUGGCUGAUGGGUGCUGACAUGUUCAAAGAUGUUGUGGCUGUGGCUUCCAUGAACACCACGACCGAGAUUUAUAAUGACGUUCGUGGUAAAGUGUUGAAGCACCGACCAGACUUUCCGAUCAACGAGCUGGCAUUUUUUGAAGGUGAAAAGUUUGAUGAAGAAGGGAAAAUCCUUGCUUCCCCUACUGACACGACGGUGCGACUCCGUUGGGAGUUAAACGAAGAAGGAGUGCCUAUAUGGCCUCCGUCUGUUUUAAAAGAGGGAGAGGAGUUUAAGAACCUACCUAGGUUCAACUCUUGGGUGGGCGACGCUCCCGUAGAAGAAGCUGAACCUUCAAGCACUCCCCCCGUGCCUCAGUUUGCCCCCGCUGCUACCAUCUCCUCCCUAGCUCGUGUUGACACAUCCAUACCCGUUGACUUAACGGAUGACUAGGAUUAGGUUUUUUUUUUUUUAUAUGUUUCUUCUGCCUUUAUAGUUUUAGCAUUUCCUUGUUUAGGACAUAUUUUGUACUUAUGUUGAUACUUCAUGUAAUGGAUUUACAAGGAAUACAAUCUAGAUGAUUUUUUGGAAAACUGUGUAUUAUUUGCAUUGCACUUAUACAUCAUUCAACUUUUCUAAAUGUCCAGUAAUAAUACAAAUCAAUUGUAAUAUUUUCU